AUGGGAACCGCCCAAGCCGCCGGUACGGACCCUGAAAAGGAGGUGCCCAGUGUGGUACAGGAAGGCACUUUAACUCCGAUCAACGACAUUGAAUCAGCGACGGAAGAACCAUAUAGUAUUUACACGAGGAAACAAAAAUGGUUCAUUGUCGGAAUAGUGGCAGUGGCUGGUUUUCACAGCCCCUUGCCAGCUAACAUUUAUUUCCCGGCGAUUCCCAUGAUGGCCGAGGCUUUUGGAACUUCAGAAGAAGUCAUCAAUCAAACAGUUACGGCCUAUUUGGUGAUGCAGGGCAUUUCUCCUAUGCUCUGGGGUCCACUGUCAGAUCGGUAUGGAAGAAGACCAAUCUUCUUGGGAUGCUUGACGGUACUGAUCGGCUCAUGUAUUGGAUUGGCGUUGUGUCCCACCAAUGCCUUUUGGUUACUGAUCGUACUUCGAUUAUUGCAAGCCGGUGGGUGCGCGAGCAUGAUCGCCUUAGGUGCGGGAGUUACUGGUGACAUUGCUACACCGGAAGAGCGAGGUAGCUAUUUUGGUUUGUUCAAUCUUGGACCUAUGCUUGCGCCUUGCAUCGGGCCUGCGAUCGGCGGUGCGUUAGCAGAGAAUCUUGGCUGGAGGUCCAUCUUCUGGGCUCUGGUCAUCAUGGCUGGAUGCUGUUGGGUGAUGCUCUACAUCUUUUUGCCAGAGACGCUCCGACAAUUAGCUGGAAACGGUAGCAUCCCGUUGACAGGAAUCCACAAACCCCUGAUUACAGUGGUUGGGCGCGGCAAGAAGGCGGCCACUCCCGUCACUCUUCCUCCAUCCACGAAAAAACAGUCGAUCAAUCCAUUCAUUCUCUUCACCUAUCCCGACGUUGUCAUUGCCUUGCUGUUUACUGGCGUCAUAUACUCGGUCAACUACAGCAUCAUGGCCACCAUUUCAUCCGCCUUUUCCGACGUCUAUCCAUGGCUGUCCGAGACUCUACUAGGUAUCUGUUACCUUCCGACGGGCCUUGGCAUGAUUGUCGGCACGCAAGUGACUGGAAGAUUAUUGGAUCACGAGUAUGCCAAGAUCAAAAAGUCUCACGGCGAAGGGCCGUUUCCCAAGGAAUACGCACGCCUGCGGACUAUGCCUUACCACCUGAUUGUAUUUGUCAUGGCGGUUGUUGGAUGGGGUCUUGCACUAGGAAAGGCGGCGCAUGUCGCCGUGCCUCUUGUGAUUUCCGUCAUCCUCGGCUGGUGUGGCAUGGCCGUACUCAACACUACAAUGACCUUGAUGAUUGACAUCCUGCAAUCGCGCAGCUCCGGGGCCACGGCAUGCACCAACUUUGUGCGCUGCUCGCUCGGCGCCAUUGUCGUGGCCACGACAGAUCGCAUGAUUACGAAUCUCGGCUACAUCUGGACCUACGUGAUGCUGGCGGCCAUCUGUGCCUGCAUGUUGCCCGUCAUGUACAUACAGAUGAAGAUUGGCCCCAAGUGGCGGCUGCAAAGAGACGAGCUGGACAUGUGA